CAUGGUAAAAGGGGGGCGCGGCACAUCGUCAGCUGAUUUGGCGAACCCUGUGAUGGCAGAUAUAAUCAUGGGGGAAGACGCUGUGGAGCCGCAAGAGAACAAGGAGAAUGAGGAGAACGAGGCUGACAUGGGAAGCGGAGACGACAACAUCAACGAAGAGGAAUUUGAGGCGAUCAAUGCCCAGCUGGACCAAUUGAAUUCAGCGCUGGAUUCCCUCGAGAGAAAAAAUGACGACAUUCAUGCAGAGCUAGUGGAGCUGUUAAAGUCGAACCGCGAGGCCAGAGAACAAUUCCAGGAAUCGCAGAAGGAGCAACUGCAAAGUUCCGAAAAGCCAAAUCCGUAAUUCAUCGAUUCUAAAACACAGGCUGUAUCCUUGUCGACCUCGAACGGAUCAAGUAUUACUAUCAGCCGAAUGUCACGAUAUAAAAACAAUGAUAAUAUUGUUGUUAAUUGUAUUGUCGCCUUUAUUUCUAGACAAAUUUAAACAUGUUUUCAGCAGUUUACCUCAAGUGCAACGCGGUUUCAAAUCUGACAGGCUUUAAUUGGAGUUUAUUGGUCUUGUAGUCUUGGGAUACUUUGUUGUAUUUGAGGGAAAUAGCUAUGGCUACUUGUACUACAGCCAAUGUACUUGUGGCACAAACUUAAAGAGAAUCGAACGAGAAAGAAAGAAUAACAAUCCUGCCAAAGGUGACUGUGGCUGAUUUUUGUUUUCCUUAAAUUUUCACUUAGAUGCAAGAAUAUUUAAUUUAGUGGGUGAUAGACUAGGGGAAAAUUAUUUACUACUUGGGUUUAGAAUGUGAUCAAGUAACGAUAUGGCUCACGAAAUUGUAUGUAUAAUUGUAUACCAAUAACUGCAUUGUUACUAUGUUAAGCUUAGCGGAUUUUUCUUAGGCUAAAACAUACUUUAGUUUCUUCUUUAACAAAAGGCACUUAUUGCACAUAGAUAUAUACAAUAUAUAUGUGUACACUGGUGUAAAAUAAUCUUUUAAUGAUUAUUCAUAGAUUGACUGCAUUAUUCUUAUGAACGAAAUGUAAAAAGAUUUUUGACAAUAAUAAUCAUGGAAACAAUGAUCAAGCAUGAUAAAUUUGAAGAAAAUUUGUUACGUGAUGCAACGUCAUCAAGUUUGCACUAUGCCUAGUUGUACUUGCAGAGAAUAGGCAUAAACUUAUGGAUAUGGAAAAAAGAGGCAUUGUUGUAGCUGGAAUAAAAGGUGGAUAAAAUUUGUGUAUAUUAAUUAAUAAAUAUAAAUAAUAAAGAAAUCGAACUAUUA